AUGGCAACGCCGCCGUCGGAAGCCACUCUGGAGGACAAAGUCAAGCCUCUUUCUCUCACUGAUCCCCCUGCGACUUCAAACAUCACUGGUGGCACGGAGCAGGCGCCUGCCCUUCCGGCCAAAGUGGGCGAAGCCGCUGCUGGGACGAACGGGAGGUUAUCGCCUGUUGCGAAUGGAAAUUCGUUAACCAACGGCACCAAAGAACCGUUAAACAGUCUCACCCCUUCUCCCACUGAGAACGAAGAGACAGCGACCGAGCCUAUAUCUUCCAAUGGACUGCAACCUCAGGCUGAUCAAGUCGGGUCCCCAAAAGUGAGCAUUGCUGAUGCGAAAGCAGAGAACAUGAGGGACGCAGAAAGUGAGGCUGACUUGCAAAAGGAGCCUUCUGUUCCAAAUGCAGGUCUAGAAGCAGUGACUUCAACCUCCGCCGAAAUGGCAGAAGUGAAAUCACCCCCCAAGGCGGAAAAGUUUCUGGAUACAAUGCCCUCUCAGCCAAUCUCACCACCUGCUACCGCACCCGUGGUCGAGUCAAGCGAGCUCCAUUCUACAACCGCGCCGCCACCCUUGUCGAUCAAUCAGGAUCAAGACCAGAAGAUGACUGACGCACCACCGCUGUCGCCCAGUAAAGUGUCUCGGGAGCGAGAAGAGGAUGAGACCGAUGAACCGGCCGCCAAGCGAACAAAGACAGACACCACUCCAUCGCAAGAUGAUUUCAAGGUCCCGGAGCUGCCAGCAACAACAGCCGAGGCCACUCAUCCCGCCAUGACGCCUUUACAGAGCAAGUUCUUCACUCGUACUCUCGCUGCUCUGAAACGAACCCAUGACGCGCGAUUUUUCAGAACUCCCGUUGAUCCAGUGAAACUAAACAUCCCCAACUAUCCAUUGAUCAUUAAACAUCCUAUGGACAUGCACACUAUGGAAGAGAAGGUAAAGCACGGAGCUUAUAAAACGGCUGACGAGGUGAUUGCAGAUUUCAACCUGAUUGUUGACAACUGUGUCACAUUCAAUGGUCCAGAACAUGUAGUGACCAUCGAAUGCUUGCGGUUGAAAGAGAACUGGGAGCGCCAUCUAGCAAAGCUUCCGAGUCCAAACGAAGUAGAGCCUACUGCAGCUGAGAAGAAAGCCAAGAAAGCAAGCGCUGCUCCCACCAAAACCCAACCAACACGACGAGAAUCUCAAGCAAAGACGAAUGCCGCGAAAGCUAAUAACGCCAGCUCGCCAACUACUUUUGCUCUUGGACCUGAAGGCCUUCCCUUAAUCCGUCGAGACUCGACCACGGUGGAUGGUCGCCCGAAACGUUCCAUCCAUCCUCCAAAGAAUCGAGAUCUUCCAUAUAGCUCUAAACCCAAGAAAAAGAAAUUCCACUGGGAGCUCAAAUUCUGCGAGGAAGUGAUGGAUGACUUGCACAAGCCCAAGAACUACAAUUUGGCAUCUCCAUUUUACCAGCCGGUCGAUCCAGUCGCACUAAAUAUUCCCACUUAUCACAACAUCAUUAAGAAACCAAUGGACCUUUCGACUAUUCGAACAAAGCUGCAAACCGGGCAAUACGAGAAUUCCAAGGAAAUGGAAAAUGAUGUUCGUUUAAUGUUCAGGAAUUGUUAUAAGUUCAAUAUCCCUGGGGACCCUACGUAUAACGCCGGUAAGAAAUUGGAAGAAAUCUUUGACAGCAAAUGGGCCCAGAAAGCUCGUUGGCUUGAGGCACAUGACCCUACGUCCGCCCACCAAAGUGAUAGCUCGGAUAACGAGAGUAGCGAAGAAGAAGGCAGCGAUGAUGAUGAACAGUCGGAGAAAUUGCAUAUUUUGCAAAAACAGAUUGCGGAGAUGUCUAAGCAGGUGGAAGCAAUCCGCCAGAAAAAGAAAAAGACCCCUCCUACAAGUUCGAAGAAGGGGGGCAAACCGAAAUCCGGUAAAAAGGAUUUGAAAAAAGGAGGGCCUGGCAGAAAGGACAAGAAAGGUGGAGUUAAAUCAUCCAAGCCAGAGAAACAGCGCUGGAUUACCUAUCGUGAAAAACAAAUAAUCUCCAAUGGCAUCAGCUCACUACCCGAGAACAAGGUGCAAGACGCUCUCCAUAUUAUCCAAAGCAAUGUGCCUGCACUUAAGGGAACGGAUCAAACCGAGGUUGAGCUUGACAUUGAUGAGCUUCCAAAUAAUGUGUUGGUGCUUCUGUUGAAUUUUGUGAAGAAGCACGCUCCGCAAACAUUGGAAUAUGAUGAACCAGCUCCCGAACCUCUUCCAACCUCUGUCACGUCAAAACCCAAGAAGAACAAGCCCAUGAAUGCGCAUGAACAGGAAGCGCAAAUUGGCCGUCUUGCUGGUACCCUUUCAAAGUUCCAGGGUGGGGGCCAAUCAUCUGAUCCUAUUCAUUCUGAAGCGGCACCUGAAAGCAGUGAUGAUGAUGACUCGGAAGAGAGUGAGGAAGAAUAA